GCGGGAUUUCAAAUGACAGAUCUAUAUAGAUAGAAAUUUUUUUUUUUUCAAAAAACUCUGUAGGUUUGGGAGAAAAAAUCAUGAGCGAACCAAGUAACACUAUUUCCCCUCAACUAAUUGAUCUCAACGCUCUCCAAAGUGAUAUUGCGGAGCUCAGAAAUGUCGAUGAAAAUUCUGAGCUUGGAGUUGGGGAGGUGGAGGAGUUCAUAAAUGACGUCGGUUUUGAGCUUGAGAGUAAAAUUGAUUGGAUUUCGUCGGAGUUGUUAUCGGAUUUAAGCUCAUUAUCACGGGAAGACCUAGAUGAAAUACUGGGGCAAUUGAACAAGGAGCUUAGUGAAGUGGAGGGUGAGAAUGUAGCUGUCGAAAAUGAAGUUGGGGAGCUUCAAAGGAGAUGCGUGGAAGACUAUGACAAACUGGAUACUGAGCUGGAGAAAUUAUGUUGCUUAUUGGAAUUUAUAGAGUCACGGAAUGCGGGUGCAAACAGGAAUACUCAAAUAGACCUCUCAUCUUUAGCAGAUGGUCAUGCUAACUCCUCUAAUGAACAAAGCUCCAACUUUAAGAUCUUAGAAUUGAGUCAUCAGAUUGAGAAGAAGAAGAGAACUUUGAAGUCAUUGCAAGAUCUUGAUUCUAAUUUUAAAAGGUUUGAAGCUGUUGAGAAAAUUGAGGAAGCAUUUACAGGUGUCAAAGUGAUCGAGAUUGAGGGGAACAACAUUAGAUUAUCCUUGAAGACAUAUAUUCCAUAUUUUGAAACUGUACUGCACAAACAGGAUAUUGAAAGUAUCAUUGAACCCUUGGAAUUGAAUCAUGAACUGAUAAUAGAAAUUGUGGAUGACGUAUGGGAACCAAAGAAUGCUGAGAUAUUUCCAAAUGACGUAUACAUUGGUGACAUUCUUGAUGCUACAAAAGCUUUUAGGCAGCAUUAUUCUGCAUACUCAGUCACUGAGACCAGGUCGUCCUUGGAACUUCUUGUGAGGAGGGUGCAAGAUAGAAUUGCCCUUUCUUCACUUAGACGAUUCGUUGUCAAGCAUGCAAAUAACUCAAGACACUCGUUUGAGUACCUAGACAGGGAGGACACAAUAGUAGCUCAUAUGGUAGGUGGGAUUGAUGCUUUCAUAAAGUUGCCUCAAGGUUGGCCAUUAUCAGAUCUGGCAUUGGAGUUAAUAUCACUCAAGAGCACAAGCCAGUAUUCUAAAGAAAUUUCUUUGAGCUUUCUUUGCAAGAUUUUGGAAAUGGCAAACUCGUUGAACGCACUCACACGCCAUAACAUGUCGACAUUCGCUGAUAGCAUUGAGGAGAUACUAAUGCAACAAAUGCGUGGAGAACUACAGCCCAAUAGUGUCAGCUCCAAGUGAAUACAGUUUGUAUUUACUCAAUUAGCAGCACAAGAGGAAUUAGAUAGCAACAAGUGCAUUGUGUACAGGCCAUGGCCUAUAUGUCAAAUCCAUGGAAGUUGAAUCGCCGAUUUCGAUUAUUAUUUGCAGAAAUUCUAGACUA